GGUUACAGAGGCUGUAAAAAUUCAGGUGUGUUUAUCGUCGAAUUUCUUAGCGCCAUCCAGCGUGGUUAAGUGAAGGACAAACAAAAUCCAUUCAUCAUGCUUUCUACCUCAUCUCGUGGAUACAGGACACAAGAUUGAUGAUGUUAACGAGGUGACAUUCAAGGUUAUCUACCGUAUACCAAAUUUCUACAUAAUCGCAAAUUAUCCUCACUUCUGGAACGUAGAAUACGGGUGGUUGUGAAGAGACAAUGCACAUCUGCUGUCUAGGUCAUUAUCAGCUAGUCAUCGUUGCUGGUUUUACCACUGCAUCAGCCAGGAAUCGAACCCCAGACCAUUUGUGGCAAAUUUGGCGAGCAUUUUAUCACUGAACCACCCAAAAUGAUCAUAUGAAAUCAAGAUGUGCUGACUACAUUCAUUAGGGGAAAAUGGACGAGAUUGUAGAAUUGAUAAGGUCAUAUUUUCAUACUUUCGAAAUAAGUGGUAACUUCAAACUGUUCAAUUUUCAGGUAUUCGUACUCAAGUCUAUGAAAAAAUCAAAGAAAAAUGUUGAGGCAAGUUCUACGUUUCGCUGCUGGUGCUAUUCAAACAUAGUUUUUACAAUAACUUGGAGCAUCUUAUGCAACAGGCUAAGUCUAGUCAAUAUCAAUGAUGGGAAACACUGUAGAUGUAUUGAUUUUAAUAAUUACGGACUACUCGGUCUAAACUGUUAUUGGUCAGUCAGUUAAUCACGUGGACAGCCUACUUAAUAUCAGUGGGAAUUUGAUUGGUAGAUAAACAUUUUAAUUCUGAUUGGUAGAUCCACACUACAUUUUUCUUAUAUAAAAAGCAUUGUUAGGCGUCUACUAUUCUGUUUUAAAACCUUAACACGUAGGUGUGUUUACCGGAGUACCAUCCAUUGUGUCAUGUUGUUGUUUAAUUAAUUAAAUUUGGACGAGUAUCCAUUGUAAAAAAAGGAAGUCAUUUGGAAGUAGUUCGCUCAUAUUUUGUUUGAGCAUAACAAUGAAUCAUCAAUAGAAAUGAUAAUGGAAUAUCACAUUGCAUAUAAUCCAUUAAUGGAUAAUGGAUGUUACGCAUUAGAGAAAUUCUCUUUCAUUCCUCAUGAUGAAGUAAAAAUUCAGGAGCAACAACAAGAGCUAACUGGAUACCAUGACGACGACAACAACAACAACAUCAACGUUGGAGCGAAUAAACAAUCGACUCCAUUGAAUCAACCAUCUUUAAUGUGGCUUGAUGACACUUUGGAUACAGACAUUCUACCUCCUCUUUCUAGAAUUAGUGGUCUAUCCUCUAGUAGUAUGCAUCUAAUAGCAUCUAAUGAUGUUGAUUCACCAAAUGAUGAUUCUACAUGGAGUACAUGGUUAAAGACAUGUUCAUCUCAAUCACCAGCUACAGAUAGAAAGGCGAUUCGAUUUACUGGACAACUAUCAGAUGCUGAUUUUUCUAUACAUCAUCAAGAACCAGAUUAUGCACAUCACAGACAUUACUCACAUCAUCAUCAUCAUUAUCAUCAUUACCAACAACAGCAACAUCAAAGUGCAGAAAAGCAGAAUACUUCGUUGAAUGAAGAAGAUUGUAUGAAAGAGGAGGAACACCGGGAACAACACCAGCAGCGCCCCCACCACCACCACCAACAACAAGAAAAAUCAUUCAAUGGUACUGAAAUGAAAGAUAAAAUGAAUUCAUUAGAAAGUGAUAAUGAAAAUCUUCCACAUUUUCGUCAUAAAUAUCCUAGUCAUUAUUACCAUCAUCAUCAUUAUUAUCAUCAUCACCAUCAUCACCACCAUCAUCACCAUCAUCAUUUUCAUGCAAGUCAACAAUCCUGUACAACAAAUCAAAAUUCUCUCCCGAAUGAUAACAAUAAUAGUAAUAAUAAUAAUAAUCACUUACAAGAAAGUUGUAAAAAGUGUCGAUCCUUCAUGUCAAAGCAACACUCUUCGCCAGGGGAAACCAAUGGCGAUUUAAAUAAUAACGAUAAUAGUGAUGAUAACGCCUUUUUAAAUACUAUAAAUCAUUUAGAAAGAAUGUUCAACUUAGAAUUCAGUGAUAUCUGGUAUGCUUCGCAUAAUCGUGUUAUUCAAUGGUUGAGUGCUGUUCAAAAUACUACUACUGAUACUACUACUGUACAGAAUUUAGAUGAAUAGUUAGUUGUCCCUGUUUGUUUUUCAUUGUUUUGUUUUGUUUUUUAAUUUUAAAUUUUGAUUUUCUUCUCUAUUUGAUAAGUAUAGUAAUUAUUUAUUAUUAUUUUUUCUUGUUUGAAUUGUUUAAACAACCCCUGAUAGACAUUAUUAUUAUUAUUAUUAUUAUUAGUAGUAGUAGUAGCUAGUGAUGAGGAGAUGUAAUGAGAAGGCCAGGGGACGGUUGUAUUCCCCACCCCCCACCCCACCCCCUAUAUGCAUAAAAAACACCUUAGUUCUAUCUAAUUCUCAAAUUCUUAGAUUUUACUCAAAUUUUAUUUAUAGGGUUGGUUUUUUGGGAAGGGGGUGGGUUUUCUUAUUUCCUUUGGAUGGAUAACAAUAUUGAUUAUGUUGUAUUAAUGCACGUUUUUGGCACAUACAUACAUUGAAGCCCCGGGACGGAGAAAAAAGAGCCACCACUAAUAAAUAGUUUAUGUUUCAAAUUAUAUAUUCACUUUUUCUAACCAGUUGUGCAUAGUUUUUUUUUAAAAUCAUGAUCGUUUAUGUCUUCCAUCACAGUGUAGUUACGAUAAAUAAAUAAAUAAAUAAUCAACAGGUUUUGCGUGCUUAAUUUGAUAGUGUAUGUACUUUGAUAAUAAACUGUAAUUAAAUCGAAUUACCCUCGCAAAUUUAUCUAUUUAUUUAUUUACUAUUAUUAUUAUAAUUAUUCCUGUUCUCCUUCGGAUGUUUCUGUACAUAUAUAUUUGUGAAAGUGAACUAGGCGUUGUUAGAUUACGCUUUGUUUGAUACUAUCAUACUAUGUAAAUAUUAUUUAUAAUAUAUAUGUAUACGCGUAUAAUGAUGAUGAUGAUGAUGAAUAAACUUUACAGAAUUUUAUUCAUAUAUAAACUUGUUUUUUUGUUCAUGUGAUCAUUAAUUAAUUAAUUAAUACUGUAUUGAUGAAAUAUUAUUGUAUUGAUUGGAGCAAAUAAUAAUAAUAAUAAUUUUGACUCUUUGAUUGAACUAUUUCAUUAUAAGUGUAGGCUUUGGAUGCCUGAAUUGCGAUUUCAAUUAUCUACUAUCAUCAUUUUUGGUAGAUGGUGACUAGCAGUGAAAAUCCAGUCAAGAUACCUUCAUUCCAGU